AUGGAACUGGAUGAUCAUUACCCCGAUGGAUCGGGCAACGUUACGAAGGACUCCUCACCAGAACUGACCUGCGUACGCUCAUGCGAUUGGACCGACCAGCCGUGCGGUCUUUUCAUAGAGGUGAACAAGGCCCGGAUCGAAGACCACCUGUGGUUUUGGCAUGGUGUUGAAGCCAGGAAAGAAACUCCCUGCAAAUUCGAAGAUUGCCCGGACCCACAGGCGAUGCAAAAAUUGGGCCGUCACAUCGAUGGGGUCCACUUCGCUACAUCCUACCGAUGCCCCUAUUGCCAGAAGCUGUCGUCGAGGACCGAUGCUGCGGCUCGGCAUCAGAAGACGUGCAAACCAUUGCUUAAUAGCAGAGCCCACGCUGAGCAUUGGAAGUACGCAUUCUGUCCCCAAGCGAUGAUCAAGUCGGUUUCUGGGUAUAUCGUUCCUGCGAAGAACACGACCUAGGAUAUUGCCUGAAUAUUGUUAACUGCGAUUCCUGAAACAACUUCUCUUUACGUCUAACAACACUCGUUUCAUUCAUUUACCCACAUUCCUUUUGAAUAUUCUCUUUACGGCUAACGACACUCGUUUCAUCAUAUUACCGACAUUCCUUUUGGAUAUUCUCUCUUCGACUAACUACACUCAUUUCAUUCUAUUAUCGACAUUCCUUUUGAACAUUCGCCUCUCUUUUCAUUCUUGCUUCUGUAUGCUUAUUGGGUUAUCUUUAUUGCACGCUGGACGUGGCUAUCGUACCUCACCAUAGCGCUUGGUUUAUCUUACAUGUCUGUUGGAUUUCAUGGAAUGGAAGUUGG